UUGUGUAGUGGCUGACUGCGUUUCUCCAGCGGGACUCUUCAUGUGUCAGUGUUGUGUGCGCUGCAGUGACAAUAGGAGUGAAUGUGUGACUGUGCAUGUAGUAGGGGUGGGGAAGAGAGAGAGAGAGAGCGAGAGAGCACACGAGACAGGAGGCGCUCCCUCUAAUCCUGGCUGCGACGCCAAACAGCAUUGCACCGGUCGCUACAAGAGACUUAAUGGAGGCUCAGGCAGACUCUAGUGCUGCAGAGCCACUUAGAGACCGAGAGUUCCAGAAGCUUCUGAAGUCCUCCAGCUCUGCCAGCCUCACCAGCGAGGCAUCCCACAAUGUCGGCACCCCAUCCCAUCACGGCAGCCAGGUGCUGAUCACAGAGAAACGACAGCCUCUCAGCAGCGUGUCGUCUCUGGAGGUGCACUUCGACCUCCUGGACCUGACGGAGCUCACAGACAUGUCCGACCAGGAGCUCGGGGAGGUGUUCGCCGACUCGGACGAGGAGAACCAUACCGAGUCCCCAGCCAUUCGCCCCACAGAUCGCCAGCAGCCGCCGUUACCUAGAUUCCCCCACAGCGGGUAUGUGCGCUCGCCCUCCUGGACCCGCGGGGGGAAAGGGGAUCAGCAGCCGAGAGAUCGAAAGCACCACAGCGACUCCGAGAACACAGAGCCAAUGCUGAAGAUAGAGCGCUCUCAAUCCCAGCAGCCUUGAGCCAGGCCGGCUACAGGGGCUUGAGGAGAGGACUCAGCCCUUGUCUGGAGAGGGGACGUUCCUUGUCAAGCAAGGAGACGGGGAACCUUCGGGAUCAAAGGACAUGGUGAUCCCACUUAAAGAUAACGCAAUCCCUUCGUCCAUUAUGGGCGAGAAGACUUGCUGGGAUGAGUAUAGACUCUUCCUCAAGAUGGAACAGACUUCAUCCAAACAGGAUUUCGGAUGCCUCUUUGGGACCUAGUCACUUUCAGUCUUUCAGAGAACUUGAAGCAAGAUGUAGCAUUAUGGACCACACCAUGAACCCAAGGAGCGACUGAGGAAUCUUCAAGGAACUUUUUAAGGACCAGAGCAAUGUGUCGAGGCAGCAACUGUGACGAGCCCACAGCGAAGUUCAGGAAAUGCCUGAGUGAAUUACAACAAAAGUGUCCUUCGAGGAGAUUCUGCAUGAAAAUGGGAGACCCUGAAUACAACAUUUUAGGCUUAAAAGUGAGUCAGCACACCGAGUCUGAGAUUUUCGCAUGUUAAAAAAAUAAAUACGACCUCACGUUGUGUCAAUCACGUUUACACACUGCCUCCGAAACUUUCGGCUGUCAAAAUUAUACUCUGGUACGAUUUCAAUUUCCGUACAAGCGAGCGCCAAAAUCCAGAACUUCUCAGGAUCAAUUGGUUGGUGGAAAUUGGAAAUCAUCUAUUUAAUACGUAUCGCUAGCAGAGCAUCAAACUGAGCCGCUGCUAUCCUGAAGUAAACUUUUUUUCGCUAUGGAUGAAUUCAUACGCAUCGGACUCAGCGUGCAAGGUUUCUGUGCGUGACGAAUUUUUACGAUGACAAAUACGAAAAAAUGCAUACGAAAACUUCGGACUCUGUGUGCAAGGACCAUAGGCCUAAAACAUGCCCUACGCAAGUACACGAACUGACACUUCAAGCUACGUCAGCUCAAUGGAUCAUUCGUUUCAAAAUUUAUCAGAACGCAGCUCAUAUUGCAGCAUAAUAAUGUAGCAUCCUCAACAUUGGUGUGUGGUGGGCUUAGCAUAAACCAAGUGUCCAGUGUUUUAUGCUAUGCCCAACAGGGAGCAGUGAACAUGGCUCAGGGGAAUAUGAGCACAGCUCAGUCCAUGCUACUCUCUCAUAACAAGAUAAGAGAGGCAUACAAAAUGGCCGUUUCCCAACCCUGCUGCUGGAUCAAAAUCUUCCCAAACAAACAACUAAUUCAAGAUGAAUAGGUCAGAAGAAAGACCUCAUCCGAAAGGUUGAGAAUCAUGGUGCCGCAGUUUAAGAGAAUAAUGUUGACAUUUUAAUUUUGACGAAUUUUGUGAAGGGAACUCAUCUCCCCCUUGAGUACUGAGGUUUGCCACUGCCACAGUAACAGGAACGCACAUCAUGUACAACAGAACCACACAAGAAUACUUGCAUAGAUUAUGUUUCUGGCCUAAUUUAUUGAUUAAAGCCAUUGCAAAAGUUGCAUUUGACUGGAUGUAAGGGUGAAUAAUCUUUCAGCAAUAUGUUUUUUAACGGCUCUGUAACAUUAAAUGUCAUUUAUUAACAAUUUAACAUAAAAGACAUCAUCAAACGCCUAAAUUGUGUGAUCACCGGUGCACAGCAAGAAAUUGUGUCUUAAUAUACCUGAUGCACAUAUAAUCCUCAAAGAGAAGAAAGCUAUCGGGUGGGGAGUUUCAAAUACAGAUCCUAAAGAAUAAACGUUUGUUGUGCAAAUAAAUCUGUACUGUAUGUGUUACCAGGGUUAUUACAGGGUUCAAUGAUGUCAAGCAUGAUCUAUACACAGGGUCGCAUCGGAGAAGAAAUCUAUUAACUACCAGAAUCAUUAACAGUAAAAUCAAGGAGGGUACAACUAUAACGGGAAUAAAUGUGAAAAAUGUCAA